CAUGGAGUGUUUUCACGUGUGCCUGUCUAGUUACUGCUUAAACAAGUGAAAGCUAUACCGUACUGAUUAAGAACUGAUUGUGUUUUUCUGAGGAUUACUUCGAUUUCUGUGUACGUGCUGACAUCAAUUCCGCGGCAAUGUCGGGAAGGAAUAAUAACAAGCUGCCGACCAAUCUCCCGCAGCUGCAGAACUUGAUAAAGAGAGAUCCUACCUCCUACAGGGAAGAGUUUUUGCAGCAGUAUAAGCACUACCUUUCUGUUAUUGAAAUUUUUAAGCUUCAGCCAGACAAGCCAAAUAAAGAAUUGUCUACCUUGGUUAUGUUUAUGGCACAGACGGCACACUGUUUUCCACAAUAUCUGGAAGAUUUUCCAGAGCAGUUGAAAUCUUUGCUACGUGUACAUCACACCGUGAUGGAUCCAGAUCAGAGAAUGACAUUGUGCAAAGCUUUAAUUUUAUUGCGGAAUAAGAAUUUAAUAAGCCCGUCAGUUCUAUUGGAACUAUUCUUUGAGCUUCUGAGAUGCCAAGAUAAGCUUCUACGAAAAACUUUAUACACUCAUAUUGUCACGGACAUCAAGAAUAUAAAUGCCAAACACAAGAACAACAAAGUGAAUACGACUCUGCAGAAUUUUAUGUACACCAUGGUAAGAGACAACAAUGCCAUUGCUGCAAAGAUAUCCCUUGAUGUCAUGAUUGAGCUUUACAGACGGAACAUCUGGAAUGAUGCCAAAACAGUCAAUGUGAUAUCUACUUCCUGUUUUUCUAAAGUCACAAAGAUUUUAGUCGCUGCGCUGAAAUUCUUCUUGGGAAAGGAUGAGGAGGAGAAAAAGGACAGUGAUUCAGAAUCAGAGGAUGAAGGCCCCACUGCCAGAGACCUUAUGGUGAGAUAUUCCACAGGAAAGAAGAACACAAAGAACAAAAAAAAGCUAGAAAAAGCCAUGAAAGUUUUGAAGAAACAUAAAAAGAAGAAAAGACCAGAGGUGUUUAAUUUUUCAGCAAUUCAUUUGGUGCAUGAUCCCCAAGAGUUUGCAGAGAAGCUGCUGAAGCAGUUGGAAGCCUCCAAGGAAAGAUUUGAGGUUAAGCUCAUGCACAUGGACCUGAUCUCCAGGCUAGUUGGAAUUCAUGAGCUGUUCCUUUUCAACUUCUACCCUUUUGUACAAAGAUUUCUUCAGCCGCACCAAAGAGAGGUGACCAAGAUUCUGCUGUAUGCUGCACAAGCAACCCAUCACCUAGUUCCUCCUGAAAUUUCUCAGUCUGUUCUCAGGACCAUUGCUAACAACUUUGUUACAGACAGAAAUUCAGGAGAAGUGAUGACAGUUGGAAUAAAUGCCAUUAAAGAACUUACUGCAAGAUGUCCACUAGCAAUGACCGAAGAACUGCUACAAGAUCUUGCCCUUUAUAAAACUCAUAAGGAUAAAAAUGUUUCCAUGUCCGCAAGAAGUUUAAUUCAACUGUUCCGCUCACUAAAUCCUGAAAUGUUGCAGAAGAAAUUCAGAGGCAAACCUACAGAAGCUUCCAAAGAGGCACGGAUUCAUGCGUAUGGAGAGCUUGAUGCCAAGGACUAUAUUCCCGGUGCAGAGGUGUUGGAAGUUGAACAAGAGAAAACAGAAGAGCCAGAAGAAGAUGAUGGCUGGGAGAGUGCCAGUCUCAGUGAUGAUGAUGAGGAUGGAGAAUGGAUAGAUGUUCAUCACUCUUCUGAUGAGGAACAGCAAGAAGUGGCAGACAAAAUCCAGGCCAUGCCAGCCGAAGAAAGAAAAGCCAAGGCAGCCACAGUUAGUGCCAGCAGGCUUCUCUCUCAGGAAGAUUUCAAGAAAAUUCGUCUUGCACAGUUGGCCAAAGAAAUGAACAAUGCACCAGGAAAAUCUGUGAAAAGAAAAAACAUCGAAAUUGACAGUGAUGAGGAGGAGCGAAGCGGAGAGUUACUUUCACUCAGAGAUAUUGAGCAUUUACAUAAGAAGCCAAAGUCUGAUAAAGAAACAAGACUUGCUACAGUUAUGGCUGGAAGAACAGACAGAAAGGAAUUUGUAAGAAAAAAGUCAAAAAUGAAUCCUCAUGCCAGCUCCACCAACAAGGAAAAGAAGAAAAAUAAAAAUUUCAUGAUGAUGCGAUACAGCCAAAAUAUUCGUUCUAAAAACAAGCGCUCUUUCCGUGACAAGCAGAUUGCACUGCGGGAUUCACUUUUAAAGAAAAGGAAAAGGCUCAUGAAAUAAGUUGCAGUAGAAGAAGAGAAUAGAUUUAUCAUUGUAAAGCAUCUCAUCAUAAAGUUCUGUAUACCUUGGACUUCAGUUGGAUUAUGAGCACCAGGAGUGGACUGCCUACCUGCUAUUCCCAAAUGUACCUUGGGAAAUAAUCAGUACAUACAAUCUCUGGUGUUAAUAACUAAACAGUAAAACCCUCAAGAUCUUUUUUUUUUUUCUUUCCAAAUACACAUCACCUGAUGAAUUUUUGACAGAAGGCUAUACAAAGAAAGUGCUUGAUUCUAUCAUAUUAUAACUGUAUUUUAAAUUAAAAUACUUUGAAUAAGA